AUGGAGGCUGUACAAGGCUACAUUGCAAUCUCUGACUCAUGCAUAGCAGUCUCUGACCAACACAUCACAGUCUCUGAUCCACGCACGUCACAAACAGUUUCAGACUCCCCCCACAUCACAGUCUCUGACCUUGGUACUUCCCUAUCCCCGACCUCCCACAUCCCAGUCUGCAACCCAUCCAUCCCAAUUCCUGAUCCCAGCACAUCCCUCUCAUCAACUCCUACAGUCUAUAUAUCCCAUGCCUCACAUGCCUCAUCCCGCCACUUCCCAAUUCCUGAUCCCAGUACAUCCCACUCAUCAACUCCUACAGUCUAUACAUCCCAUGUCUAUACAGUCUAUACAUACAGUCUAUACUACAGUCUAUAUAUACAGUCUCCCCACAUCCCAGCCUGCAACCCAUCCGUCCCAAUUCCUGAUCCCAGCACAUCCCACUACUCAACUCCUACAGUCCAUGCCUCAUCCCCUCCAGUAUCCCAUGCCUCAUCCCCUCACAUCCCACUCAUCAACUCCCACAGUCUAUACAUCCCAUGCCUCAUCCCCCACAUCCCACUCCUCCCCCAUCGCCGACCUCCAACUUUUGCGUCCCCAGCUUUGAUCUUCUCCCACGGAACUCUUAGGAAAAGCUAA